CUUCAAGUAUUUUCCUCAACAUUAUCACUCUCUUGAGCAACAAGUUACAACUCAUAUGAUUUGAAAUUCAUUUCCAGGGGCACAAUCGACAUUUCAACUAAAGCAUGCACCAAAAUCCACCGUACAGUUCAUGCCACUACCACAACCAGUACAACUCCACAGCACAACAACUCACAUUCUCAGCGUCGUUGCAUGUACCUGCCUACCCACCAACAGAGCAGAAACAGAACACGCAUUUUCUCUCUCUAACUUCCUCACUCUCUCUCUUCUCUUCAUUUUGUAUUUUAUGAAUUGCUUCAUAAUCUAAAUCUCUGUCUUUCUUAGUUUGGUGUUGAAAAAAUGGAAGGAGAAAGUAACAACAAAGACAACAGUUCAGAGCCAAUCUCAUAUGAAAAUGAACAAGAAACGAGCAACCAUGAAGUCUCUGAGGAUCAUCAAAUUCAAAAUCAACAAUCUGAAACAAGUGUGGCUCAGUGGAAUUGUGUACCAAAACUACCUUAUAGUAACUAUGUUGAAUAUCUCUCUGAAUCUUCAACUUAUCUUCCAACAACCGAGUAUAACUUGGUUGGGAACAAUUAUCAAACACUUGGCAGCACAAACAGCUUCAACGAUCAAGGAAAAGCUUUUGGUUUUGGUUUUAAACCGAUUGGUUCUUCAAGUAAUGACUAUGGUAUUAUGAAGCAUGUUGGGUUUUGGAGAAAUAAUGGAGAAGAAGAAGAAGAAGAAGAAGCAAUUACAGCUAAAACUGGAAGUACUCAAAACCUUCUCAAUGCUGAGUGUGAUGCAACAUGGCCAAGUGAUUCAGUUGGAGAUAAGCAUAAUGCUUCAAGAUUUGAUUCAAUGGGAAUGGUUGGUGAUGCUUCACCUUUUUUACUUCCAAUUCCAAAAUCAGGAAGCAGCUCCACAAGACAGAAAAGUGAGAAAUCGCGUUGUACUGACCGUCAUCGCAGACAACGUAUUGCUGAUAACCUCAAAGCCUUACAUGAAUUGCUUCCAAAUCAAGAAGGGGGUUGUCAAGCUCAAGCUUACAUACUGGACGACAUCAUCGACUAUGUUAAAUACUUGCAGAAUCAACUAAAGGAACUAAGUGGAAGUAAAUUGCAAAGUGACUCAAAUGCUAUACCUCUAGUUUAUCAUGAGGGUUAUGGGCAUUAUAUAAAGGAUCAAAUGCUGAACGAGCCUCUUGAAGAGAUAAUGGGGAAACUAGUUGAAGAACAAUCAGCAGCAACGAGUCAGCUACUUGAGAGCAAAGGUCUUAUUCUACUGCCUAUUGCUUUGGUUGAAGAAUUGAACCAAGCUAUGCAAUUGUUGAACCAAGCUAGCUAGCUAACUAUUUAGAGUGAUAUCUAUUUACUGUGUUUGGAUCAUUAUGGUAUGAGAACCAAAUUAACAUAGUUAGGACACAUCUUUUGUUUUUCUAACUAAAACACACCUCUUGAAACACUUUUGUACUAGGAGGAAGUGUGUGAUGCUGUUCUGUUUCAAAUUAUUUCAUAUAUUUAACAUUA